UUCUCCCCCAAAGUUUUCCUAGAAGUGGAGAUCGGGCUGGGGGAGUAAGAAGGUCCGGGUGGCCUCCCUCUUUUACCCUCUCUUGGCCAUAGUUACCCCCCACUUCGUCUCCCUGGCAUCUCCUCGCCCCUCCCGAGUAGCGCUCAGGAAUGACAAUUGGAGCGCGGCUCCUUUAAGAGCCCGGCUUUGCCUCCCGGUAGCUGAAGGUCAUUAAACACAAAAGCUCUCAGCGCUGCGGUCCAAUAUAGCGCAUGCGCCCUGCCCGAGGACUGGCAGGGAGACGGCAAUAUGGCGAGAAUGCCUGGCAGCGGGGACUGUAACACCAGCGCGGGCGGCAGCGCCGCCUCAGCGGCAGAGAACAAUGGGGAGCGGGGCGAGGGCGAGCGCGGGGCUGGGGGCCGCGGCCGCCGCCGCGGCCGCCCGCACUACUGCAGCGCGGGCGAGGAGGAGGAAGAGGAGGAGGAGGAGGAGGACGAGAUCCAGGAGGUGCAGAUAACGGGGGACGAGGAGGAGGACGGAGGUGGGGGGCUGGAGGAGGACGAGGAGGAGGAAGAGGAGGAGAUGGGGAUGGACUGGGAAGAGCCCCUGGAGCCGGAGGACUCGGCCGGGGAGGAGCUGGAGCCCGAGCCGGUCCAUAUGAUCCAUAUGGACCAGAGCGCCGCGCUGGAGCCCGAGGCGCCGCCGCGUCUGCUGGCUCCCCGGGCCCGCGCGGGGCCGCCGGGGGACAGCGCGGAGCUGGACCCCGACGUGCUGCAGCGCCCCGAGCGGGCCCGGCUGAGCGAGAACACCCGGUUGGCUACCCGCUACGCCGUGCGCAUCUUCCGGGAGUACCUGAGCGAAAAGGCUCAGAGCCCGGACUUCGAGACCAUGGACAAGGGGGCGCUGUGUCGCGUGCUGCGCUCCUUUUACGCCGAGGCCCGUUCUAAGAGCGGCCAGCUCUACAGCAAGUCUUCGCUCAUCAGCAUCCGCAGCUCUCUCAACCGCUACCUCAAUGAGCCCCCGUACUGUCGCACGCUCGACCUCACCAAGGACCCCGAGCUGCGCAGCGCCAACCUGACUCUAGCCGCAGUCAUCCGCAAGCUCGAGGAGCAGGGCGCGGGGCCGGUGGUGCAGAAGCAAGCCAUCACGCGCGCUGACCUGCGCAAGCUCUACACCUCCAGCGUCUUCAGCACCAACACGCCCUUUGGGCUGCUCAACAAGGUCUGGUUCGAGACCUGCAUGUACUUCUGCACGCGCGGCCGCGAAAACCAGCGCGAGCUGGAGGAGGACUCCUUCGGGCUGGCCAUGGACGAGGACGGUCGCAAGUUCGUGUACUUCAAGUCGCUCGGGCCUUACCACAAGUCGCGCUCCUCGUCCUGGAGUAAGAAGCGAGCGGAAAGCAGCGACGAAGAGAACUUGCCGCGCAUGUACGAGACCGGCACCGAGUUCUGUCCCUAUGCCAGCUUUGUCAAGUACCUGUCGAAGCGCAAUCCCCUCUGUAAGGCAUUCUUCCAGCGGCCACGGGACCACUGCAGUGAGGGCGAUGUAACCUGGUACGAGAACAAAGCCAUAGGCAAGAACUUGCUGGGCACCAGGAUGCAGAUGCUCUCCAAGGCAGCCAAGCUGUCCAAGACCUACACUAAUCACUGCAUCGGCGCGGUGUCCAUCGCCACGCUCAACAGCAUCGCGGGCAUCGGGACCAAGCUAGGCUCCCCGACCCCGCAGGGCUGCUAUACCGAAUCUCUGAACGGGUCAGCUCGUCACCACUCCCACCAUCCCCCCACCCAUCCUUCCCACCACCACCGCCCCCAGCCGCCCUCUCUGGGGAACACUUAUAUCCUCCCCAAAGACAGCCAGGUCGGGCCCGACGUGAAAUCCGAGGCUGUGCCCAAGCGCGCACUGUACGAGUCAGUGUUUGGGUCCGGGGAAAUCUGCGGCCCUUCUUCCCCCAAAAGACUUUGUAUCCGUCCUUCCUCGGAACCUGUGGAUGCGGUGGUGGUGGUUUCCGUGAAACACGACCCCCUGCCUCUUCUUCCAGAAGUCAAUGGGCACCGAAGCACCAAUUCUCCCACCAUAGUUUCACCUGCUAUUGUUUCCCCCACCCAGGACAGUCGGCCCAAUAUGUCAAGACCUCUGAUCACUAGAUCCCCCGCAUCGCCACUGAACAACCAAGGCAUUCCCACUCCAGCCCAGCUCACCAAGUCCAAUGCACCGGUCCACAUUGACGUGGGCGGUCACAUGUACACCAGCAGCCUGGCCACCCUCACCAAAUACCCCGAGUCAAGAAUCGGAAGACUGUUUGAUGGUACAGAACCCAUUGUUUUGGACAGUCUCAAACAGCACUAUUUCAUUGACAGAGAUGGACAGAUGUUCAGAUAUAUCUUGAAUUUUCUACGAACAUCAAAACUCCUCAUUCCUGAUGAUUUCAAGGACUAUACUUUGUUAUAUGAAGAGGCAAAAUAUUUUCAACUUCAGCCAAUGUUGUUGGAGCUGGAACGAUGGAAACAGGACAGAGAAACUGGCCGCUUUUCACGGCCCUGUGAGUGCCUCGUGGUGCGUGUGGCCCCGGACCUUGGAGAAAGGAUCACCCUCAGUGGGGACAAGUCCUUGAUAGAAGAAGUCUUUCCAGAGAUUGGUGAUGUGAUGUGCAACUCCGUCAAUGCAGGCUGGAAUCACGACUCCACGCAUGUCAUCAGGUUCCCACUAAACGGCUACUGUCACCUCAACUCAGUCCAGGUCCUCGAGCGGUUGCAGCAACGAGGAUUUGAAAUUGUGGGCUCCUGUGGGGGAGGAGUGGACUCGUCCCAGUUCAGUGAAUAUGUCCUCCGCCGGGAGCUGAGGCGGACACCCCGCGUACCCUCAGUCAUCCGGAUAAAACAGGAACCACUGGACUAAACAGACAUAUUUCUUAUGCAAAAAGAAAACACACACAACCUAACAGUAUACGAAAAGGAACGUUUGUGUGCAGCUGGGACAGUAAACCAAGCUCUGAAGCUACAAUUGAAUAAAAGACGUUUCUAUGCUCUAGAAAUCACACCUGUGUUCAUAUGGGAACAAUUGGAAUCAUGAUAUCCUCAAGAUGUAAAAAAAAUAUAUAAAUAUAUAAAUAUAUAUAUAUAUGUCAAAAGGUAGGAAAUGCAGAGAGAGAGAGAGAGAGAGAGCUACGGUGGGUGCUGCGAUGGCCACGCGUGUCCUGGGCCUCUGAGGUCUCUGUCCAGUAAAUAAGCCAUGCCAGGGAGGACAGAGUCUCCUGAUGCUGUCAGUUGCCAACAGUCAUGCAUUGUUUCUUUCUUCCUUUAUCUUUCUUCCGUUUCUUUUCUUUUUUUUUAAAAAAAAAAAAAAACAAAACACCUCGGCUGGUGUUUCUUUGCAAGUGGAGGUGUCAUGUUUCAUCAGGCAGGGACCAGGAGGGAAUCAAGGACCACUGGAGCACACUGCAUGGGACGUACAUAGACAGGACAUUUGAACUGUGGUUUGUACAGGAGUGGCACUUUUUUGUCCUCCUCACAACCGUGACCUUUCCUUGUUUUUAUGCUGAUUGUUGAUCGUUUGGCAGAGGGGCCAGAGCUAUUUCUUGCUAGAGAUCUCCAGUUUCAGUCUGCUGCUUUCCUACAGUUUUUUCAGAUUUUAUAAUGUAUUAAAUACAAUAAACUCUGUUUAAAAAAUGA